AUGCAGCGUUCUUUGCUUCAGAUCCCGCUCAUCACCUUCAAACGUGAGAAAGAAGUCGCACGACGUCUCAUGUUCGACGGAUGCUGGAUCACCGAAGAAGAUAACGAGGAGAGCGGCGUCAUCGACACCUUACUAUGGUAUCUGGAUCGAAUUGUGAUUAGCUCGAAAUCAUUUCCAAUGAUGUACUGGGACAAAUUUGUUCGACGGAAGACUCGUCAGAAGUUCAAAGAUCAGGUUGAUGAAGAAAUCCUGACAUCCAUACUUGGCGAAGAAAAAAGUUCUGGAGAUAACAGUUUCGAUUACCGGUACACUUGCUGGCUUUGGAUUGGCGUAAUCUUUACCAACGGCCAAUUCCUCUAUCGUGUCGGCUAUCUGCUCUGUUCGGCUUGUGGAGUGUUCAUUUCACCAUUCUUCUACGCAUUCCAUCUGAUCGACGAUAGGUGUCGUUCCUUCCCUAUGUUAAAAGCAAUUCUCCAAUCUGUCACCCAUAACCUGCAACAGUUGAUCCUCACCAUCAUGAUGGUUUUGGUGGUUGUGUAUCUGUACACAGUGAUCGCCUUCAACUUCUUCCGGAAAUUCUUCGUUCAAGAAGGUGAAGGACGGGAGCCUGGAUCGCAAAUGUGCUUCAUCCGCGUACCAUUUCUAUGCUGGUGUAUCAGCCUGAUGGUGUAUGGACGACGAAAUGGCAAUCUUGAACCAUCUAGAUCCCCACCUGGUACCAAGCUCAAAAGAGCAAUAUCCGCGAAUUUUACGACAUCCCUUCGUGAUCAGCAAGAAUCGGCGACAGAGAAGCUCGAAUCGUCAUGCUUUAUCUGUGACAUUGGUAAAGAAACGUUUGAUCGAAUGCCGAGAGGCUUCGAAAUUCACACCACCAAGGAGCAUAACUUUGCCAACUACUUGUUCUUCCUACAACACUUGGUCAAUAAAGACGACACCGAAUACACAGGUCAAGAAACGUAUGUGCGAGAGAAAUACGAUAAUAGAGAUUGGGACUUCUUCCCUGUCGGCGAAUGCUUCGUGAAACAGUACGAAGAUCAGCUGUUGCAGUCAUAA